GUGCGGCCCCGCACACCCCCGGGCAGCCUUUGUCUGCCGGCGAGGCCGCAGCGCGGGUAAGGGGGGUCGGGCAGGCGGGCGGCCACCGGCGGCUACCCCUCACUCUGACCCUGUCUCUGCAGCCAGCGACGGCCCGUGAGCCCCUCGCCACCAGUGCCGGCUGCCCACGCCGUGCCCCGCUGCUGGCGCGGAGGAUGCCGGUCGAGGCGCUGCAAGCUGGCGAUGCCAUGAAAGGGAUGACGGUGACGGUGCCCUUCACCUCGGCCAUGCCCGUCCGCAUCCUCCGCAAGGGGCCCGCGUACUUCCGCCGGUGCGCCGAGCCGGGUGCCGGCAAGCCCAGCGCGGUGGAGAGGCUGGAGGCUGACAAGGCCAAGUACGUGAAGAGCCAGCGGGUCGCCAGCACCAAGCAGGAGCCGGUGAAGCCACCGCUGCUCAAGCAGCCCCUCUUCGCUCCGGGGGUACGCCGGGCAGCGCUCACCCCCAGCCGCAGGGCGCCCUCGGGGCCGCGCCGCGCCGAGGCUGGCGGUCCGAAGACUUCCCUUGACCUGGAGAUCCUCAACAACCUCAUCAACCUGUGUGACGGUCCCUUCCCCAAGGCGGAGAGCCCGCUGGGCCGGGAGCACAAGUGGAAGGCGGAGGCGCCCGCGACACCGGGCGACAGGGCAGAGGGUGCUGGCAAGCUGCCCCAGAGCCCCGCUGCCACCAAACCUCCCGGCAGCGUGGCCGUGCGCAGGGUGGACGUUCAUCCCUGCGGGACUCCGCAGGGCCAGGUGACACCGGUGCCCGCAUCCCCCGUGCCGAGCAGGCUGGCAGCGACCCCAGCGCGGAGCUCGCCCGCCUGCCCCGAGGGUGCCCGCCGGCAGCCGCUGCUGCACCGCUCCAAGUCGGACCUGAGCGAUCGACUCUCGCGGGCCACCGCCGACCUCGAACGCUUCUUCAACUACUGCGGCCUCGAUCCCGAGGAGCUGCAGGAGGUGGGCGCCGAGCGCUUCGCCCGUGCCAGCUCCGACAUCGUAUCCCUCAAGUUCCACAGCGUCAGCACUGCCAGCUCGGAGGGCGGGCACUCGCCCCCCAGCGCUGCCACGCCGGAGGGACGGCCAGCGGAGCGGGUACCCUACGGCAUCUCCGUCAUCGAGCGCAACGCCCGCGUCAUCAAGUGGCUGUACGGGCUGCGCCAGGCCAGGGAGUGCCAGCAGGUCUCCGAUGUGUAGCGGUGACAUGGUGGCACCAGGGAUGGGGUCGUUUGUGAGCUGAUGGAUGGGCCAGGGACCUCUGGGCGGUGACAGGACUCUCAAACUCAGCUACCUGUUCGCUUCCCUGUCCCCUGUGCCACGGUGGCACUGGCAGAGCUCUGGUGCGGUGGCUGGGCGUCUUUCCUGAUGGCUCCAGCUCCAUCACAGCCCUGUGCUGGCACUGGAGAGCCAGGUGGGCACAGGAGGGCAGAGGGUGUGCCCCUGGGUUUGUGUGGCUGGCCCCCAAUGCCCUUGUCUGUACCCGUGUGUGUUCAACCCCCCCUGCUCCUUGACAGCGCCCAUGGGUAGGGGGCGAGGGGCUGGUUCCCCUCUCCACGGAACCCCGGGAAGGAGCUGCCCCACUGAGGUGGCCACAAUGCCCAGGGUGGGGACAGUACCUUGGUGGCCUCUAUCUUAACACUGAAGGGCUGAGGGAACUUGGGUGCUUCAUGAGGUGUGUGGAGGGGGCAAACUGACACCCCUUUCCCCGCUUUGAGUACCCUAGGACCGUGUGUGUGAGUGUCUGUGACACUUGUGUGCCCUCCUGGCUGCCAGCACAGCCCUGGGCACGCUGGGCCCUGCUAUUUAUGAAGAUGUUUCUUGGUCUUUCUCUCAUUUCUACUGCAUUUCUUCUUGUUUGAACUGUAAAUAGGAAUAACAAUUAGGAUAAUUAAUGCUAACGAUGCUAACACAGCUGGGUUUAUUAAAUCCCGGUGCGCUGGGGGCCGUUGGGCUUUGAUGGUGGAGAGGUGGGGAUGGGGCAAGGACCCUCGGGGUGCUCAGCAGCAGCUGGUGGUGCCAAGCAGCUGGAUGCCGGUGGGAGCGGUGGGUGAUGUGCCAGCGCGGGACCCAGCGGGCACGGCAAGGGUGAUGGUUGGGUCUGGCAGGUGCCGGCAGAGCCCUGGGCAGUGGGAUUCCCCCUCUGUGCUGCAGACAGCACCGUGCCCACCCUGCAGCCUGCUCGCCCUGCUCCGGCAAAGCACUGCUGAGCUUGGCCAAAUCCCGGUUCCUCUGGGAUUCUGAGCUGGGGGCGGCGAUAGUGAGGACCUCCCAGGAGGGUGAGGAUGAAAGCUGGAGUAGAGAAGGCUUUGAAGAUGAAAAGCUCCCGUCUGGUACCCUCGGGCAGCCUCGCAUAGCACCGCAGCUCCCCCCGGCACCGCCGGUGCUGCCUGCGCGGCUGAGGUCCCGCAGUUCCCUGCCGCGCUGCUGCAUCCCACGCCAGCAGCUGGCUGCUGGGGAAGGUGACACUAAAGCCACCAGGGUCGACAUCCAGGGGGUCCUGCCUGAACACCUGCCCUGCCACUGCCUCCUUGCUCCAGCUUCAGCCGUGCUGCUGCUGCCGUGGCAUAAAUAACUCCACCUGUGCCAGCAGCCAGCUUGGCUGGCAUGGGCACCACUCUGCAAACGCCACAUGCACGUCAGUGGUGCUAGGCUGGUGACAAGGCCCCGCAGACCACCCCAGGGCUGCAGCUUUCAUUUUCAGAGGGGUCGAAGCCACUGCUGCCCAAUCCCAAC